AUGGAACAGGGGAAUUCCCAAGGUCCCUAUCUGGAGGGCUCCUUGGCUGCAGAUUUCUCUUGUCAAAAUGGCAGAAAAGCGGUCAUUUGUGCUCAGUCUGAGUGCGAGCAGACCUACUUCCCGCCCGGGACCCCUCUUUAUUAUAUCCAUAGUAAUGACAGGGAAGUGGAGGGCUGCUUCGUGUGUGAGAGCUGUCAGAACUACUACUUGGGCAAAACUGGAACACGACGUCGAGAUGACCCCAGACACCUGCAAUCUGGGAGUUCGAGGGGCAAUGAUCAAAUAUCAGCAGUUAAUCCAGCUCAGAAUGCUGCAAAUAUCCAUCGUGAGAUUGCUCUUGCGCAGCGUGGAAGUCAGACUCUGCUUUCCUCCCAGCUCUCCGACGACAUUGACAAUAUUUCUCCAAUAGAUUCCAGAGCAGCGGUGCAACCGUUGGGUAUCGCGCUCAGGGGUUUAGCCAGCGUGCAGGUCCCUGCUGUUCGUGUCACUCCGGGCCCUGUCAUUGUAAUGCCGGGAGCAGGUGUCAUGGCCCCUCCUCUUCUCACACAUCCCGUGCCUUUUGGCUACACUAUGAACCACCUUCUGUAUAAUGAUCAACACAAGCAAGUUCAGCAGAAGGCGUAUGCAAGCAGUAUUGAGCUGAUUGUUGUCCGCAUAUCAUUGGUGAUUAUGCCUGCGGGCAAGAUCAAGCACCAGCUCGUUGGAGAUUUACACAAUACAAUCAGCGAUGUUGAUGUUCACAUCAGCACAACGGCCUUGAAGAUGAAAUGUUUUCAGCUGCUAUAUAUGCGGUGGCUGAAGUAUUCCUGCAGAUUUACACUCAACCCCGGUGACCUCAUUCUGCAUGACAAGGACUGGGAAAAACUCGAGCUCUUGAUUCCUGAUGAAAACGUGAUUGCUCGGGAUUUUUUCAAGCCUGACAAGAAGGGGGUCAUCAAGUUCCAUGCUGGAAGGGGUGUACACAUACUCCUGCAUAUCCCGAAUGACGUCUACCGAAAGUAUCUCAUGCAUGAGGAGGAAAUCGAGAUGGGGUUCCUGACAGGGGCAGAGAAGCAACAGAAGAAGGAGAAGGCCGAGAGCAUGAGAGGCAGUGGCCCUGUCAACCAGGCCGAGUGUGCAGUACCGCGUGUCACGAGUCAGCCACAUGGAAUCGAUGUUCCUGCGGGUGCAGUCAAUUCAUUAUCCACUGCUGGUGCUUCUACGGAGAUACUACCUACAGAUCAUGGUUCUGGAGACCUGGAGUGA